UCGGUAUUCGGAGGGGGAGCGGUUUGUAGAGGUGUGUGAUUUGCCCCGAGCUGGGGCAACUUUGCAGGGGAGCUCGGGAGGGGAAGAUUUACGCCUGUCUGGGGUUUUGCAAGGGGGGUUUAACCCUGUCUGGGAGGCUGCUCCUCCAUUUGGGGGGGUUCAGAGGGGUCUAACCUCCCCCACCCCGUUUGGGGUAGUUCUUGCAAGGGGUGUGCCCCGUGUUUUUGGGGUCUAGGGGUGUUUACACGCCACUCCCUAUUUAGGGUAGAACUUGGAAAGCGGUCUGGGAAGGUUUGACCUCCCCUUCCUCAUUUGGGGUAGUUCUUGCAAGGGGUCUGCCCCACAUUCGUGGAGUCUAGGGGUGUUUACAUCCCCUUCCUCAUCUGGGGUAGCUCUCCUUUUUUGGGGAGGCUUAAGGGGGUUUGACUUCCCCUCUCCCCAUCUGGAGUAGGCCUUGGAAGGGGGUCUGGGAAGGUCUGACCUCCUUGUGUUUGGGGUACCUCUUGCAAAGGGGUCUGAGGGGGUCUGAUCUCCUUUUUGGGGGAUUGGGAGGGGCUGACACCACUCUUAAGUCUGGGGUAGCUUUUGUAAAGGGGUCUGUGGAGGUUUGCCCCCUGUUUAUAGGGUUUAGGGGGGGUUACACCCCUGUCCCAUUUGGGGUAGCUCUUGCAGGGAGGUCUGAGGGGGUCUGACCCCCCCCAUUUGGGGGGGGUUUACACCCCCGACAUUUGGAGCAGCUCUUGCGAAGAAGCCUGUGGGGGCUUACACCCCCAAAUUUGAGGUAGCUCUGUAAGAGGAUCUGCCCUAGUUUAGCCUGCAAAGGGGGUUUAGGGCUUCCCCCCCAGCUGGGGUAGUUCUGCAAAGGGAGAAGCCAGCUGUGGAUUACCUAGCCAGAUGUUAGGGGCAGGGGAGAUUGCAAUAUGAGAAAGCAGGGGUUAGUAGGUGUUUAAGCCCCUAUCCAGGACAGGACUGGGCUCCAAAGCCCCUUGGGGCUAGCAAGUUGUGGGACCAGGCAAGUAGAACUAGAGCAGCCCAAGGAGGGGACACCAAACCCCAGAGCCACCUUGUGGGGUCAAGCAGGAGCCACCAGCUGCGGGCCCAGCCCUCUCAGCCUGUGAAUGCUGCGCCCCUGGAAAUGAUGCCCCCCGAGGAGGAGAGCCUGGCUGACAGUGGGGAGGGGGACGGGGAUGCUAGCCUCGUCCUCCUGCAAGCCCUGAAGAGCAGCAGCACCCGGAAGCAGGGCUGUGACCCCUUUGCCCAGACACAGCGCAGCAAACUACAGCAUCGCCGGGCACGGAUCAACCAGCAGAUCAACAAAGAGAUGAGGAUGCGAGCUGGAGCGGAAAACCUCUUCAGGGCCACCAGCAACCACAAGGUCAAAGAGACAGUUGCCCUGGAGCUGAGCUACGUGAACUCCAACCUGCAGUUGCUGAAGGAGGAGCUGGAAGAGUUGAACAGCAGCGUGGAUGUGUACCAGAAUGACAGUGAGUCCAUCAGUGUUCCCAUGAUCCCUUUGGGCUUGAAGGAGACAAAGGAGCUGGAUUUUCUGGUACCACUGAAGGAUUUCAUCAGCGAACACUAUGGAGAGGAGGGUGUCUUGUUUGAAAAGGAAAUCAAAGAGUUCAUGGAGCUGCGACAGGCAAUGCGCACCCCAAGCCGCAACGAAGCUGGCCUUGAGCUCUUGAUGGAGUAUUACAACCAGCUCUACUUCUUUGACAGCCGUUUCUUCCCUCCCAACAAAAGCCUGGGUGUCUUCUUCCACUGGUACGACUCCUUGACUGGGGUCCCAUCCCACCAGCGCGCGCUAGCCUUCGAGAAGGGCAGUGUGCUCUUCAACAUUGGAGCCCUGCACACCCAGAUUGGAGCGCGGCAGGACCGUGCAUGCCUGCCAGGGCUCAACCAGGCCAUCGAUGCCUUUCAGAAGGCGGCUGGUGCCUUCAACUACUUGAAGGAAAACUUCUCCAAUGCUCCUAGCCUGGAUAUGAGUGCUGCCUCCUUGAACAUGCUGGUGCGACUGAUGGUUGCCCAGGUCCAGGAGUGCGUCUUUGAGAAGACGACCUUGCUGAGUGCCCAGCAUGACUUCCUUGCCUGUCUGCAGCUUGCCCAGGAGGCAGCAAGGGUAGAAGAUGUCUACUCGCUGGUGCACCAGACAAUGACCCAGGCCCACGUGAAGGAUUACGUUCCCUUCUCUUGGACCACCAUGGUCCACGUCAAGUCGGAGCAUUUCAAAGCCCUCUCUCACUACUUCGCUGCCAUUGCUCUCUGUAAUUGCCCUGUGGCAUCUGAUGCUGAACUACCGGAGCAAGAGAAGGCUUUUAUCCAGUUUCACGUCACUGUGCCAGAGGGACUGUCACUCCGCCUCCUGCUGCAGGACCCUGAGGAGAGGAGGAAGCUGGGCAAAGCUCAUCUGAAGAAAGCAAUCAUGAAGCACGAGGAAGCUAUGAGGAUCCAUGGCUUGUGCAAGAUCCUACGCAAGAUGGAUAUCCUUCAGGAAGUCCUCUCCUUUGCCCACAAACGCUCACUGAGCAAAUACUCAGAAAUUGACCACGAGGAGGACUUCUUUGAAACUGGAGAUGCCCCAGACAUUCACCCCAAAACACACCAGAAACCAGAGAUAAAAUCCCCCAGCUUCUCCCAAGUGAAGGUGACUGACAUAUUCCACAGGCUGGGGCCCCUCUCGGUUUUCUCGGCCAAAAACAAGUGGUAUCCAGCACGGAGAGUCCACCUGAUGAGAGGAGAGAAUGGCUUUGGGUUCACGCUGCGAGGAGACUCCCCCGUUCUCAUUGCCGGUGUCAUUCCUGGGGGCUGCGCUGCCGAAGCUGGGCUGAAGGAGGGAGACUACAUCAUCUCAGUGAAUGGCAAGGACUGCAAGUGGUCCAAGCAUGCCGAAGUGGUGCAGCUGCUGAAAAGCACUGGGGAGGAGGGAGUGGAGGUCGGCGUGAUAACCCUGCAGGGCUCAGAGGGACUGAAAGCUGUGGACAAGAAAGCAGCAGCAAUGUCCUCAGGUACUGGGCUGCUGAAGAGCAACAAGGAGAACAGCCGAAAGAGCCUGAUGAACAGCAAGAGUGCCAGCACACUGCUGGUCUGGAGCAAGAAGAGCAAGCGGAGCAAGAAGAGCACCUAUGGUGUCCCCUUCACUGCGGUGGGAGACAACGAAGCCAUGUACUGAAGAGGUAGCUGGUCUAGGUUGUGUCCUGCGAGCUCCAGAGCUGGCUGCCCAUGAACCCUCGCAAGCACCGGUUGCUUGCUUGAGCUGUGCUGGUGUCAGUGCUGCAAGGACCUCCCCACCCUGGGGAUGUGCCGCUGGUCGGAUCCUCUCCAACGAGGCAAGAGAUGCACAGCACCAUACUCCUCCAUCUCCCAGCUCCUGCGUUAAACGAUCCUCAUCUAAAUAUUAUGGGGAAACACUGAUUUAUUCUUAAUUUUAAUUUUUGAGGGUUUUUUUUUUUUUUGCUCUUAAAGGGUCAGGGGGAGCUGUGCUUUGGUAUAAAGCAGGGACUGGUUUGUGUCUUGUGUUCAGUGCGAGGAGGAGCCAAACUAAGCCCCAGCCAUUAAAGCAAAAGCUAUAACCUUCUUUAGCGUCUCCUAGACUUUCUCUACAAGGUAGAAGAUGAUACCUCUGCUAUAGCUCACCAAGAACUGCCGGUGGAGCUGAAUCAUUCAGCAGCUCCAGCCAGAGGUUGCCUUCAACUCCCCCUUUUUGGGAGAGGGGAAAGCAUGAGCAUCGAUGGCUCAUGGUGAUCCCAUCGUGGGGUCUAGGCAACACCAGACUGUGCAUCUCUGCCACAGUACACGUUAGGGCUGUCCCAGUGAAAUGGGUUGAAUUUAGGAUGGAUUUGACCAUUUUUUAGUGCUUUUUCAUUAUUUUCUUUUAAAUAAACACUUAGGUUGACCCAGCAAAUCCAGCCCAGCUGCACAACCUGCUUCUUUGGAAGAAAAGGGAAAGACUUAACAUGCAUUUGUUGUCUCGCUUUUUUUUAAUCAGUAGAGGUGGAUUGCCCUAAAUAUGUGAGUAGAUUAAUAGCUAAGAGCCUUGUUAUUUUCUUGUAUGAGAUUAAAAUUCCAGGAAGAUAGCUCCUCCAGAUUAUUAAACUACUAAAUUUGUGCUAGUAUUGGAUCUUGCACAUGUUGCUAAUACCUUAACACUGUCCUGUCAGCAUUUGUACCCGAGCUGGGCUGAUGGAUUCAUGCAUCUUGAUAAUUGUACUGGAAAUGCUGGGAGAUUCUGAAUAACAUGCUUAGAUAGAUUGGCAAAAUUUUCUCAAUCCCAUUUCUGCCUCGUGCAUUAUUUUUCUGAAGCCUAAAGAGCUGUCUGGUCUUCAGUGCUUGGAUGAUCUUGGUAGGUAUAAAAUACCCUUCAGAAAUGCAAUUGUAUUUUUGUACUUUUUAAGUCAUGACACGUUUGUAGUGGUUGUUUAAUGAAGUGAACGCGCUCUGGUAGCGGGAUAUCAUCGAGAAAGCAUCUCCCGGCGGUUGUACCGUGAAGUUUGGGUGGCUCAGUGCCUACGUGCCAAGCUUUCAGCCCCAAUUUUAUAGAAGGGAACUAAAAGAGGGCUUCUAAAUUUGUGUUGUUGACCAAGAGGCCUCACUGUAGACUGAGACAUUAUCAGACCGGAUUAUGGAUCCGGCUGCCACCACGAAGCCAUCUGGUGCAGUCAGCUUUUCUAUGUAAUCUUACCAGCUGCUUGGUGCGGGAGUAGUAAGGAAGUGGGUAGGUUCACAGAAAAGGCCACAUUGCCGUUAAAGCAUCUGAGCAACAUCUUGCCCCGAUCCUAAAUGUGUUGCCGACUUGGACGUCUCCAAGCUGGAGAUGUAUUUAUUUAGAAGAAGCCUGCGCAAGUGUCGAGCCUGCGCAUCGCGUUGCCACCUGCAUCACCCAACUCCUUCGUUGUUGGUGGAGGGGUUGAGUUUGGUGUUAGAUAAUUUCCCUAACACUGGUGGGUUUUUGUUUUUUUAAUUUGUACAUUGACACUCACCUUUUAUGGAUUAAAAAGCACUGAUUUGAAAACCC